AAACAUUUUAGCCACCACCCCAAAGGCCCAAAGAAAUAAAAAACAUAAAAAUCUUGAUAUCGUUUCGCAUCAAAACAUUAAAUCUUUUGAUCCACAACAAGCUAUACCUCUCUUUAUAUAAUCCCUAAAUCAAAUAAUCAAAAUCAAGACAACCCCAUUAAUAAAAAUCCAAACUUUAUCCAUUUUGACUAUUGAAAUCCUGAAAAAAACUUGAUUAAAAUCUUUCCUUUUUUAGAAAGUUUGAAGCUUUUAUGUGAUAUAUUUUUUGGGGUUUAUGAAAUAUGGAGAGAGACACAGAUUUUAUAAGAGGGGAUGAUGAUGGUGGUGGUGGUGAGAAAAAGUCAAUAUUGACUUCAAGUUUUUUCAUGGGUCAAGUUGGGGAGGUCAAUCUUGGGCUAAAAUCAGAUGGACUGUAUUGGGAAUUGAUUGAAUCAUUUUCAGAUGUAAAUGAGGAAAGCACAAGUUGUUUUGGGAUAUGGAGUGCUUCCAAAACUGAUACUUACAUAAGAAUUUCUGAUGUAUAUGAUAUCGAGUUCAUUGAUUGGGGUUUGGUACAUGAAACUCGUAAAGCAAACCCAGGCUGCUUGGUGGGACAUUUAACUGAGAUGUACCGGUUCAGAGUACACGGUGUCCAGAGGUCGAAGGCUCAACCUUGUCUUUGGACUCCAGUUGCUUACACUUUCGGUCAUGACGAUAAGCAAACAUGUCAGUUGUGGGUUAAUCAACUAAAAACAUGUCUUGGCAUGGAAAUUGAUAGGCCAAAGAGUCUUUUGGUUUUUGUUAAUCCGAGGAGUGGAAAAAGAAAUGGACGUCGAAUAUGGGAAAAUGUGUAUCCUCUGUUUUCUCAAGCCAAAGUGAAAACAAAGGUUAUUGUGACAGAGAGGGCUGGACAUGCUUGUGAUGCAAUGACAUCUAUUACAAGUAGGGAGCUUAAUUCAUAUGACGGGGUUGUUGCUGUUGGAGGUGAUGGCCUUUUCAACGAGAUCCUAAAUGGUCUUUUGUUGUCUAGACAUAAAGCUCCAUACCCACCCAUGCCUCCAGAUAAUGGUCAAACGGUUAAUAUCCAUAAUGACAUAGAGGAACUUGGUCCAAUCGUCACUAUGGCUGAACCAUUGGUUUCUGGUGAGGAUGAGUCACCUCUUCUGAGUUCGUCACUUGAUGAUACAGAAGUUGCAAAUCCAACAGACCAUGAUUCUGAAAUUUCUUUCCCGAAUGAACGGUUUCGCUUUGGACUUAUCCCUUCUGGUUCCACCGAUGCUAUUGUUAUAUGUACAACAGGCGCUCGUGAUCCUGUGACAUCUGCCUUGCAAAUUAUUCUGGGCGAGAGAUUGCGACUGGAUAUUGCUCAAGUUGUUAGAUGGAAAACAUUACGAACGUCUAAACUCGAGCCCCUUGUACGAUAUACUGCUUCGUUUGCUGGGUAUGGAUUUUACGGAGAUGUGAUCACAGAGAGUGAAAAAUAUCGAUGGAUGGGCCCAAAGCGAUAUGAUUAUGCAGGAACAAAGGUGUUUCUUAAGCACAGAUCAUACGAGGCAGAGGUAACUUAUAUGGAAGUCGAACCUGAGAAAACAAAUAUAGGGGCCAACGGAAGACGAAUAAAGGCAUUUUGGGGCCUGUCAAAGGAUCCUGAAAGAGUGCCAUGUCGAGCCAAGUGCAGCAUAUGUAACUCAAACAUAACAUCUGAUGCACAACAAGAAUCAAAAUUAGUGAGAGUUAAAGGAAGGUUUCUUAGCAUUGGUGCGGCUGUCAUCUCAUGCAGGAAUGAGAAGGCACCCGAUGGUCUGGUUGCUGAUGCACACCUUUCUGAUGGGUUCCUACAUCUCAUUCUGAUCAAAGAUUGCCCUCGUGCUUUCUAUUUAUGGCACCUCACGCAACUUGCACGAAAGGGUGGAACCCCACUAAACUUUGAUUUCGUGGAACAUCAUAAAACUACAGCCUUCACAUUCACUUCAUUUGGCGAGGAAAGCGUGUGGAAUGUUGAUGGUGAGGUUCUUGUUGCACACAAAUUAUCUGCACAAGUCUUUCGUGGGCUUAUUAAUUUGUUUGCUUCUGGCCCCGAAACAUAGUGCUAUUGAAUUGGAAAAUCACAACAUUACCGUUCUUUAUUCAUGCCAAAUUUUGGUAAUCUGUGCUUGUAGAUGCAUGUUUUCUUGGCUAUUUAUGUCUCCAUGUUCAGUUUGGUACAACACUGUAGACUUAAUUAACUACACCAUUAUUGUUAAUCAGUAAUCAGAUUGUGUAAUAGGUACAAUCGUCAUGGAUACAUCUGUCUGACCUGUGAAUCAUCACUAUCUGUAUGAGUUAAAGAAUGCUUUAAUUUUCUCAGUAA